AUGGAUUGGCUAUCAGCUCACCGUGCGGUCAUAGACUGCUAUCAGAAGACGGUGACGGCUCAUACCUCUGAAGGAACUUGUUUUCGAUUUAAGGGGGAUAGACGAAUGGCGAGUUCGACGACAAAGAGAUCAAGGUGGCAGAACCAACUGUUUGGAUGGCUAGCUAGUCUCCAAAUGGAAGAAACCGACCGGAUGGAAUUGGGAUUACCGCACAUCGUUUGCGAGUACGCCGAUGUUUUCCCUGAAGAACUUUCGGGUUUACCACCUCAAAGAGAGAUAGACUUCUCUAUAGAAUUUCAACUGGGAACAGCACCAAUCUCCAUGGCACCGUACAUAAUUGCCCUUGCAGAACUAAAGGAGCUCAAGACCCAAUUGCAGGAGCUGUUAGACAAAGGAUUCAUCCGACCAAGUACAUCACCUUGGGGAGCGCCUGCAUUGUUCGUGAAGAAGAAAGAUGGAAUCCUUCGACUCUGUAUUGACUACAGGAAGUUAAACCAAGUCACGGUCAAGAACCGAUAUCCGUUGCCUAGGAUAGCUGACUUAUUUGAUCAAUUAAGAGGAGCAACUUGCUUUUCUAAGAUCGAUCUCCGAUCAGGCUACCAUCAGUUAAGGAUUCGGGAGGAGGAUAUCGCCAAGACAGCCUUCUACACCCGAUUUAUACCAAACUUUUCAAUCCUCGCCAAACUAAUGACCAGGCUAACUCAGAAAGGAGUGAAGCUGGAUUGGAAUGAAGCUUGUGAGAAAUCCUUUCAAGAGUUGAAGAAAAGAUUGACCAGCGCACCAAUACUCAUCAUUCCCGAACGAGGUGUAGAUUAUACGGUUUACUGCGACGCGUCUAGAGAUGGCUUGGGAUGCGUGCUGAUGCAGAUUGGGAAGGUCGUAGCUUACGGAUCCCGACAACUUCGACCGCACGAGAGGAAUUACCCCACUCACGACCUAGAAUUAGCUGUAGUAUAUCACCCUGGCAAGGCCAAUGUGGUAGCUGACGCUCUAAGCCGAAAGGAUAGGGCACAGAAGGCCAAGACAGCCAUUAAGGAAUGGGAGAUGGUGGACACCCUCGACGAAUUCAACCUCCGACCAUUGUCAGAAAAUGGGAGCGCAUGA